CUUCCCCGGAAGGCUUGAUGCCUUCCAAUUGGCUGCAACUGGCAGUGGCUUGGCGACCAUUGGCUGCUGCCGCCGGUGGCCUCGGCGGGCGGGGAAGCCGAGAGAGCUGUAGAGCUAGUAUUGCAGAAAGAGUGAGUUUCCUGUCUACCUCGCACGCCUGAUAUCGGUCGCACUCCUUGCUUCACCUCAAGUAGCCUUGAGUAGAAGCACGGAGGUGAGGCCGCCUAGAGGCGGAGCGACAGGGUGGUCUUCCCGGAGCUGCUCCGGGCAGUGGGAGAGGGAAGCCGCCGUGGAGGUCCAGGAUGGCGGAACCGGCGUCCGGACGUGUGUGGACCUCACAGGGAAAACAAAUGGAAGACCUGCCUGAUGCAGCUGUUUUGGCGACUAGACUUAAAAACACUCUCAUCCAAUACCACAGCCUUGAAGAUGACAAGUGGCGAGUUGCUAAGAAAAUGAAAGAUGUAACAAUUUGGAGGAAACCUUCAGAAGAAUUUAAUGGAUAUCUCUUCAAAGCCCAAGGUGUUAUAGAUGAUGUCGUCAAUAGUGUAAUAGACCAUAUACGCCCAGGUCCCUGUCGCUUGGAUUGGGACAGCUUAAUGACCUCAUUGGAUAUUUUGGAGUACUUUGAAGAGAAUUGCUGUGUGAUGCGUUAUACUACUGCUGGUCAGCUUUGGAAUAUAAUUUCCCCAAGAGAGUUUGUUGACUUCUCCUAUACUGUGGACUAUAAAGAAGGCCUUUUAUCCUGUGGGAUAAGUCUUGACUGGAGUGAAAAGAGAUCAGAAUUUGUUCGUGGAUAUAACCAUCCCUGUGGUUGGUUUUGUGUUCCUCUUAAAGACAGUCCAAACCGGAGUCUUUUGACAGGCUAUAUUCAGACGGAUCUGCGUGGAAUGAUUCCCCAGUCUGCAGUAGAUACAGCCAUGGCAAGCACUUUAAUCAACUUCUAUGGUGAUUUACAAAAAGCCUUACAAAAGGCAUAAUAUGUUUAAACUUAUAGCAUUAUAUUCCCUGAAUCAACUCUCUCUCUUAGCUGCAUGGCCUGUAAAAAUCAUCCUUUCCUGUCUUCUGCAUAGCCUGUAGAAAAUUUUGAGAUGUUUUUGGUUUAUUUUAUUCCUAAAGUAAAUAGCUAUCUAGUGUGGGCAUUUCAGUUUUCCUAAACAGUUAUUUGCACAUUGUUUGGUAUGGUGAUAUGUCUAGGAAUGGAGAGUAUGACAGAAAUCCACCAAGAAGUAGAUAUAGUUCUUUGACACAAACUCUUAAGAAAUUGGAUAGUGCCUCAGUAUGAAUAUUUUGGCUUCUUAGAAAUUAGAGAAAGCCAAGCUUCAUGCUGGUAGGUUAAAAUCACCUAUUUUAGAGCUUUAUGAACAUUCUGUAAAAGUUUUAAUUUUGGGAGGAGUUAAAUAUUAAUGCUUUACUUCUCAUAUGCUCUAUGAGUUUAACAAUAUCUUGGACUAAAGAAAAAGAGCUCUUCUCUAUACUUUAUAAAGAUGAACUUCAUUGUCAGUUGACUUGUACUACUUUACCUAUUGAAAAUAUCAGAAAUAAGAAAAGAAUAGGUAUCAUAGUAAAAUGCAAUUCAGUUUUGAUACCUGGAUAGUAUUAUUUUAUAGAUAUCUUUAAAAAUGUAUUCAUAUCUUUAUGGGCUUUUAUUUUAGGAGUCUUAAAAGCAUUUAUGAAUGAAUAAGGCAGUGUGAAAAACUGCCAGAUAUGUGCUGGGACACCACAUUGAUUGGACAGUAUUCUGGGUUAUGUGAAAUGGGUGGUGGUAUCCAAUACUGACCAAUAGAGAACCAUCUCUCUAGAAAGUCAAAUUCAGUGAAUGUUUUAUACAUGUUUGAGUUUUAAAUGUGUCACUCAACUCAUAAAGUAUAACUACGUCAUAAGCAUUCACAAUUGUGAUGUAACUUCAGUCUGGAACUAGAACAAAUGCAUUCAUAGAUUUAUCUAAAUGCCUGGAUGAGUCAUUUUAUAACUAGAAUGGACUAUAAUAUGUCUCUCGAUUCUGUGGCUGCAUUAAAUGAACAUUCCUAAAUGAUUUUAACAUUCCACAUGGUCUUUGACUUUUGAACUAUCCACCUAGUUUACAUCUAAGAUGAGAACUUGAGGGAACUCAGUGUCCGUGCAAAUUUUUGUCUAUAUUUAUAUUUGUGUACAUGCACACAUCUUGAAAUCUGUUCCAGUGUUCAAUGUGAGUUAUUUAUGUGAUAUUAUUACUGUUCCCACUGUUUCAUUUUCUCUUCUUUUUUUUUUUU